GAUGAUGUGAAAGGGCAAAACCAGCGUUACAGCAGGCGCACAUCAAUGAGGCCUGAUGCUCUGGACACUUUAGACUUCAGCCUCACUCUGAGAAAACCAACAAAGACUGAUAGCAGCAUCUACACCUGCUCCAUCGGAAAUGAAAGGGAGGAACGGAAACUGGCAGAAAUACAGCUGCAUGUCAAAGACCAAGAACUGGAGGAGGAGGUCGUUGUAGGAUCAGAGUCUGUCAUCCUGCAAUGCAAAACAACACCUGACCUGCCUGAGGACACCACAGUGGAGUGGACAAGAUUUGACAGAGAAAUCAUGAUGGUCCAUGGAUAUUCAAAUGGAAGUGACCACCUUAAGAAGCAGGACGACCGUUACUGUGGUCGCACAAAGAUGAACAAAGACCUGCUAAGAACUGGAGACCUCAGUCUGACCCUGGAAUACCCCACAGAGAGAGACAGUGGAGAAUACAUCUGCACCAUCUACAGGGACAAAGACAUCCUGAGACACAAAGUAGUGCUGCAGGUCAAAGAACAGUUUCCAUCCUGGGCGAAAGCUGUUCUUGUGCUCCUGGUUCUUCUUGUGGUUUUUGGAGGUCUCAUAUAUUAUUUCCGUCAGUAUUUCAUGUCAGUUUAUAAGGUGGGGGUGGAUUCAGGGGUGGAGUCUGUCCAGCUGAUCUGCAAAACCACAGUUUGCCUGCCUAAAGAUGCUAAAGUGGAGUGGAAGGAUGCAAACAACAGGAAGGUCCACAUGUAUGAGAACGGCUCUGACCAGCCUGAAGAACAGGACGAUAAAUACAAGAACCGAACAAAGAUGAAGAGAAACUUACUGGAACCUGGAGACCUCAGUCUGACCCUGCAACACCCCACAGAUGGAGACAACUCCACCUAUACCUGCACCGUGUACAACAGGGAGGGAAACAUCCUGCUGAGGAAACAAGUGAAUCUGAAAGUCAGAGUCCCCCAGGUGGAGGUGGAAUCAGGGGUGGAGUUUGUCCAGCUGCCCUUAAACACCACACUUCACCUGCCUGAAGACGCUAAAGUGGAGUGGAUGGAUAACAAUGCAAAGGUCCAUGU